AUACUUUCGAUCAACGGGAUGUGCAACACUCGUUUUUUGAACAUUCCAAUACUUUAGUACAAUUGUUUCCGACCCAUUGAUGUAAUAUCCAAGACGAGAACUGUACUAUUCAUGCGUGUAAAUUCAAUGAACUUUUAAAUCCCGAACUAAUCUCUUUACAAGUUUUUUUCCUUUUCGAAGGCGUGUCAUUGAGAUAUCUCACUUAUUCUCUUUAUUCUUUUGUCUUUCAGAAUAUCCGGCGUCUAUCAUGAUCGGAUCUUUAUUAUUUCUAAUUUUUCUUUUACAACAACCAGGCCCAGGUGAAGCUUGUCAACCUCCUAUGCCAGCAUCUUCAUUUCAAAACAAUGGUGUCCCAAUGACUGUUCCAUCGUCUCCUCAGUAUAUUCCAGCAAAUGGUGCUCCCUUGGAUCAGUCAGGACCUAUUGCACCACCACCACCACCCUCUUCGGUUAACAAUUUGGGAACCGGUACUGAUCAAUUGGAAAUGAUUAAUUCUCCAGAAAAGAAGAAUAAUGAUAUCACUCCAUAUCCAGGAUACAUUGCUCCACCACCAGAACCCUCAUUCCCAACCUUAAUCGACAGCGUGGAUGUUCCACGUGUAAAUCAACAGUCUUCCAACACAUAUCGCUCAGAAACACCUCUUCAACUUUUAUCUCAAGACACUCGUAGAGAUCUUUCCUGUCCAUCUGAGCUCACUACAAUCACUGACUUUCUCACAUGCAUCCGUCGACUCUCUACAGUUACUUUGGAUGAACAUAAUAUGCUUUGCGACUUUGAGAAGGAUUCUGGGUGCAGGUUCAAGUCAAUUUCCAGUCCUCUUAGUGUAGGAAACUUCCCAAAUGCUGACCAUUAUCGAACGUUUGCCACGUUGGCAGGCCGCCCAGAAGAAGAAAGACCAUCGGGGAAUUUUGUGUUUUUCAUUGAACAUAGGGGAACAGAUGCGGAAGAUGAGUUCAUUAUGUCAACUCCAAUCACAUGUCAAAAAGGAAAUGGCGUUUUAAGAUUCAACUAUUGGAUUGUUGGUCAACAAGACAAAGUAAUGUUACGAGUAUGCACACAGAAUCACCUUUCAAGAUCAUGCACUCAAUCGAUUGCUUACACCCCAUCAACCUCAUCAAUUGCCAUUGAAGUUGUGCACCCGAAUUCCACAUUCUUCGAGCUCGAAAUAGUUGCAUCAAAUAUAGUCGAUCCGGCUGUAAUUGUGUAUGAUAAUAUUGAAUACAAAGCAGAUCUUUGCGAAUGGGACAACAAAAAAGAAGAUGCAACACAAACAGAAGAUAUUGUAGACGAAAAGCCCGUGGCUUCGGUUGAUUCCUUCUUUGAAGCUGAAGAGCGCCAAGAGGAAAAAGAUCCGUCAGAACAAGAAGAAAAUGGAGAGGAACUGGAUAAAGUAGAAGAGAACACAUUGACCAAGCCUAUUCCAUCCAGGCCAAUUCGAUUGUCACCUAGAAGAGCUGAAAUGGAGCAACUAAUAUCCGAGUUGACAGAUGAGCAUGGUGCCAAGGAAGUAGAAAAUGCUGAAGAUCGAGAUGAACCCCAAAGUGUUUGCAAGCUUCUAAAUUGUGAUUUUGACAGUGACAUGUGCAUGUACAACAAUUAUGUGAAUGAGAGCAUGAGUGUAUCUCCGUGGCAACUUGGCAGUAAUAGAAUAGGAAAUCCACACACUGGAGUCAGAGAAGGCAGUGGAUUUUUAUACGUUGGAACCGAUAGCCCUGCGGAUUCAAAAAUAGUAAACUAUAUUUUGGAAUCUCCGGAUCUUUCAGUCGAUGAAGACUUUCAUUUGACAAUGGAUAUUUACCGUCGUUCAAAUGAUAUCACUCUUCAAAUUUGUCUCGAUACUCCAUUUUAUUGUCCUUAUACAGUUACUCCAUUCGAAAAAGAAACAAAUUGGAUGGAAGGAGAAAUGUUUUUAAUUCCAAAAGGAACAUUGAAAGUAUAUAUUCGAGCUAUUCAAUGGAGAAGGUUCAAAUGGCUUGCAAUUGAUAAUUUGAAGGUUACUUCUACAAAAUGUUAAAGUUUUGAUUAAUUAAUUAAUAUUAAUAACUUAUUAAUUCACUAUUUCUCUAGAUGAUAAUGAUUUCUAGAAUUUCAUUUAAUCGUGCAAUUUAUCUUCAGAACAAUUCUGGUACCUCGUCCCAAUUCUCGUAUUGUGUCAAUAAUCUUUGAACAUUAUAAAUUUCUUUGAUAUAAUAAAACCGAAAAAAAUAUGAAA